GUGGACCGCCAGGAGCAGUGGUGUUGAUCCAGUUCUCCCGAGGCCAGUUCUCGGACCUGCGCUGGCCACAGAUUCCGCUAGUGCUCAGGGUGGAGCCGCUCAUGUCGUGGUCACAGUCUGGUCAUCAGGCAUGUCGCCCUUUCCCCGUUAGAGUGUCUGUAAAACAGCUCAGGAAGCUGCAGCCGACACUGCGUCUGCCUGCACUGCCUUCAUCCCGAACUGCCUGUUUUUCUACUGGAGACGGGGCCCUGCAGGUGUCUGCACAGUUGCGCUUGGAAAAACAGGAGAAGGGAAGAAGCAGAGCUCCGAACCUUCCUCCGUGAGGGGUGGGCUUGAAAGCCGAAGCACAGGACCCCACUGAGACUGGACCUGAGGCGGAGACUGUUACGCGAGGCUCCAGCAGCCUGGGCUGUGUAGCUAGAGCGUUGCAGUCGCAUCAAGGCUAUUAAUGAAAUGGGCAUGGCGCAGGCAGAUGGGGCUCCCUGCCCCGGGACCGCCCCGAGCCAGCCCUGCGUCUUCAAGCUGGUUCUCCUGGGCAGUGGCUCUGUGGGCAAGUCCAGCUUGGCUCUCCGGUGCCUUCUUCACCAAGGUGGUGGAUUUGGGGGCUGCGUCUCUGAAGCUGGAGAUCUGGGACACGGCCGGCCAGGAGAAGUACCACAGUGUCUGCCACCUCUACUUCAGGGGCGCCAACGCUGCGCUUGUGGUGUAUGACGUCACCAGGAAGGAUUCCUUCCUCAAGGCGCAGCAGUGGCUGAAGGACCUGGAGGAGGAGUUCCGCCUGGGAGACGUGGUGGUGAUGCUGGUUGGCAACAAGCUGGACCUUGGCAAGGAGCGGGAGGUGGCCUUUGAGGAGGGGAAGGAGUUUGCCGAGAGCAAGGGGCUGCUGUUCAUGGAAACCUCGGCCAAGCUGAACCACCAGGUGACCGAGGCCUUCGGCGCCAUUGCCCAGGAGCUUUGGCGCAGAGAAGAGAGGAAGGAGGACCAGCAGCAGCAGAGAGACGCACAGCUGGAUCUGAACCAGAGGCCCUCGGGGCAGGCCAGAUGCUGCGCCCGCUAGAAGCAGCCUCUCCAGGAGGGGCUGUGGGGAGGAGGCCCCCAGCCCGGGCCCUGCCCGCUCCGUGUUGACCAGAUACUUAUCCCGAUUCGCCGUCGAUGCUGGCUUGUUCCUGAGUCCCGGCGGCUCUGGAAGCUGGCAUCCCCCUGAAUUACCUGCUCCCAGAGCUGGCGGGAAUCCUUCAAGAGAAGGGCCCACAUCCAGUGGCUCCGUCCCCCAGACGCCAGAUACAGACUGAACCUCGGAGGCCCAGGAUGUGGCCCCUUGGCUGCCUGGCCAUCAGACACCGAGGGUUGAAAAGGUCGGAGGCAAAGCGAGAGUGGGAAAACUGCCUUCACCCAGCACGUAUUUGGUGUCGGGCAGGAACUUGCCCCCGGAGAUGGAAGAGGACAGAGCAGGCCCAGGUGGAGCUGGCAGUGCCAGGGAGAGGUGGAGGGACGGUCGCAGGGCUGGGCCCAUCGUCACUGGAUCUCUGUGAGGUCCCCCAGCAGCACAGAGGGCAACUGGGGUGGGGGUGGGGCGCCAGGCCCCUCCCCUCUGAUGAAAUGAUGCCUUCGGGCAUGAGGACUCAGGCUGUCCGCCCGAGGGGUAAGUUGUACCGUGGACGCGUUUUUCUCCAAAAAGUAAACCUUUCUCUAUCCCGUG